AUGCGCGCUAGAUUAAGCGGCCACAGUCGUCGGGCGCUAUGCGAGUGUUCUGAUGAUGUCGCCAAUCAUGAACAAUUUAGCGAAAAUGAAGCUCUCAAUAAACUUAUCGCCAGCAGGAACGAGGUGUUUAUUAAGCGGCCAACUAACACAUUCGGUCAAUUUGAAACUCCUUGCUCGAAUUUGGUGGCUGAGUUUGUGCGCAUUGCCGAUGAUACUCCCUUUGAUAACCUUGCUGAAUUAUUUUUUGGAAUUUGGAAAAUGAGGAAACCCGACCUUGCACUUACCCUCUACGGAUCGGUGCCCCAGCAGAAGCCUUUUCAAAAGAGGUUCAUUAACAUGCUCUUCAGCGUCUUUCAAAAAACCUUGACGUGGGUACUGACGGAUGGCACCUACGAAAGCAUAGCUGAGACGAUGUCCCAGGGGAUGCGCGGCUACGCGGAGGCCUACGGACUGACUAAGUUACAAGUCAUUGGUAUCGCUCCCUGGCGGCGUAUGUCCUUCCAAGCUGACCUUCACACCACUGAUUUUUUGGUAUAUCUUUGCUACUCGUUACCUACUUCUGACAGGGUUGUAAACAGCUAA